AUCCCAUAUUUUUUUUAUAAUGAUAGGCUUGACAAUGUAGGUGACACUUUUAAACUAAAAAAUUGAAGUUAUAAAUGCACACGUCUCGUCCAUCAUUGAAUCACAUUUUCACUUUCCGAUAUAUAUCUUAUGUUCAUCUUUUAUCACCAACAAAAAACCUCCAGCUACUAACCGUUUUUAGAUAUGUUGUUCCAUAUCUUAAAUUUCAUUCAACACAAAUAAGUGGUUCAUCGCAGCACACCCUAGAAAUUAUUGAGACAAGAUCUUUUAAUUUGUUACCCACCCAUUUUUGGUAUCAUCACUAUUUAUUUAGAUAGAAUUUCCUUUUGCAAAACAAUCUUUCAUUUACUCACCCAUCUGCUAUUUUUUUUAAGUAAUGGAGGUUCAAAGUACUAAAGAGUUGAAGGAAAAUGUGGUGAUAAAGUCUUCACUAGAAGGAACUUGUAGUAUGGUUCUAAGGCUCUGUGCCUUGGUUCUAACACUUACAGCUGCUGUAGUUCUUGUUGCAGAUAAACAGACCACAGUUGUACCAGUUAAGAUUUCAGAUUCUUUGCCACCUUUGGAUGUUCCUGUUACUGCUAAGUGGCAAUACGUGUCUGCCUAUGUGUAUUUUGUGGUGGCAAAUUUUAUAGCAUUCGCAUAUGCAACCUUGUCUUUCGUAAUUGCUCUUGCAAAUGGACACAAAAGCAAAUUGUUGGUGACAUUGGUCACUCUACUUGACGCAAUAAUGGUAGCUUUGCUCUUCUCUGGUAAUGGUGCUGCCUGGGCUAUUGGUGUCCUUGCUGAGAAAGGAAACUCACAUGUGAUGUGGAACAAAGUGUGUCAUGUCUUUGACAAAUUUUGUAACCAAGCUGCUGCUGCAUGUUUGAUUUCACUUCUUGGAUCAAUAGUAUUCCUCUCUCUUGUCAUGCUUCCUGCUUUGAGACUUCAUCGAAGAAGAACCUAGAUGCAUGCUUUUGGAGACCUUAUUUAAUCAAAAAAAAAAAUUAUGUGAUUGACUAUUUGUUGUGCACACAACUUUGUUAUUAUCUUAUCAUAUGUGUAACAUAAUAAUGAUGGUAUAUUUCUUUGUAACAUUUGUGGAAAAGUUAUUUGAUUAGAGAUGUGUGAUGUGUUCGACUUGCAAACAUAUAAAUGUGUCAUGUAUUUAAU